AUGAACAGUCUGGUGGCCACGCCUCCUGUCCCUCCUCAUUUCUACGAGAACCCUCGAUUCUCUCCCUCCCGUAUAAUGUCUACACCUUCGUCGUCCUACACCAGCCGAAAGCGGAAAGCCGACGAAGAUGGCAACGAUCAUGAUGGACGCAUGUCCGCCUCUCCCACCAACUCGCCAGCCUUUACUCCUCGCCAGCUCCCAUCUUUCCGAAAUAUCAAACGUUCCCGGCCGAAUGUCUCCGGCAGACCUCUUUCCCUACCUCGUCUCCUAGAGACCCUCGAUACCGAUGCCUUACGCACAGUGCUCCGGACCAUGUGCGAACGCCACCCUCAACUUGCCGACGAGGUUGCCCAAACGUCUCCCCGGCCAAGUGUCUCUUCUACCCUGCAGGUGCUGCGAAACUAUCAAGCCGCCCUUCAGUCCUCAUUCCCCCUGGGUGGCAACACCGAAUCCGACUACGCCUAUAAUCGAGUACGACAGCCGCUUACGAACCUCCUGGAAGCUCUGAGCGAUUUCACGCCUAACUUCCUUCCUCCAAACGAAUCACAGCCAUCGAUUUCUUUGAGCUACCUGGACGGGGCUACGGAUAUCAUCCACGCCCUGCCCCGCUGGAGCACGCCACAGAACAAUAUCGAGCGGGAUUCGGCCUAUGAUGAGAUUUGCAAAGCCUGGAUCCUGGUGAUUCGGGAAGCAGCAAAGCGAGGUGGAGGUAUUCAGCUGCAGUACGGUGGCUGGGACCAAAAGUUGGCAAAGCACAACCAGAACUCUGGGGGCAAGAUGCAGGCGGCAGUCAACGAACUCGGGCAGAGCCUGGGCUGGAUGAACGGACCUGACUCGCCGUCCCACGGCGCUGGCAACAACGAAAUGGGCUCCAUUCGAGACCAGCUUCUGUCUGGCACGUAUGGCCUAGGCACACCUGUCAAGGUUGGACCCUGGUGA